AUGCGAGCCUUCGCCCGGUUUGUUGCUUCACCAUUCGAAAACUUUUGCUUUCAAGAAUAUGUUGCUUUCCAGAUGCCGUUGAAUCCUUCACUUGACGCAACAGUUGUGCUAAGCACGUCAACUAACGCCGAAGAAGCGGAGGAAUUGGACCUACCAGAAAUCGCAUUCCUCAGUGCAGCGAGCUUGGAGCUCCUCCUGGAUCCGAUCUUAGGAUUCUCUUUCUGCCUGAUUUCGGAUGUCUGUCGCACGUCGUCGCCAUCACUUCAUCUUUUCGUCACCACUUUGCCGGCCCAUAAAGCAGCCAAUGAACACAUGAUGCUUGUACCUGAUGAACAAUCGUUGUUCGAAAAGCUUGAAAAUCUUGUGAAAGAGUGAGC